UUUGCGGAAGAGCGGCUGAUGGCUGUGUUUGUAAUUUGUCAUUUUCGCGAUCGCUGGCUCUCUUUUUAACCAAAUAUGUCAGUCUCAGUUUCGAUCAUCCUCUUGACUGUUCUUGUCGGUGGAUUGAGCCAAGAGGAAUACUGUUCCGCACGCGAUGCAGAGUCCUGUCAAGAAAGUGAAACUGACGCCGGGAAACCGUUCAUGUACACAAAAGCAAUAAAUGAAAAAUAUCAAAAGUAUCUUACAACAAUUCGAGAUGCAGAAAAAAACUACAAAGAAUGCAAUAACACAAAGCACGAGUGUUUUAAAUACGUCAUCUUGCGAGACUUAAGGCCUUUUAAGAAGAAAGGCAUAAAUGAAGAGAUGAUAAAUGCCGCUAAAACCAGAGGUACAUUUUACCAACUAAUUAAGGGUACAUUAUACAGAGAGAAAGACUGUAUGUUUCCAUCCAGAUGUGCUGGAAUUGAACAUUUCCUUUUAAAAGUAAUCGCUAAUUUAUCAGAUAUGGAUUUAGUUAUAAAUACUAGAGAUUAUCCCCAAUCUAGUGAAUACUUUGGAAACCCCCUGCCCAUUUUUUCAUUCAGUAAGACACCACAGUAUUAUGAUAUUAUGUAUCCAGCAUGGGCAUUUUGGGAAGGCGGUCCAGCUAUCUCAUUGUAUCCUCGUGGCCUCGGCAGAUGGGAUCAACAUCGUAAAUCUCUAAAUAAGGCAAACAUGGAAACCCCAUGGGAGAGGAAAGAGAGCAAAGGGUUCUUUCGUGGAUCCCGAACAAGUUCGGAACGUGACAAUUUGAUUCUGUUGAGCCGAAAUAAGUCUUACUUGGUAGAUGCUCAAUACACUAAAAACCAAGCAUGGAAGUCUAAUGAGGAUACUCUGCACCGGGAGCCAGCAUCGGUGGUGUCCUUGGAGUCGCAUUGCGCGUAUAAAUACUUAUUCAAUUUCCGAGGUGUGGCAGCUUCAUUUCGGCACAAGCAUUUGUUUUUGUGCCGAUCGUUGGUCUUUCAUGUCGGCGACGAAUGGACCGAAUUCUAUUACGAUGCCAUGAAACCGUGGAUACACUAUAUACCCGUUUCCAGACACGCAGAUCAGAAAGAGUUGGAGGAUUUAAUCACAUUCGUGAUAGACAAUGAUGAUUUAGCUAAGAAGAUCGCGGAUCGCGGAAGGGACUUUAUAUGGAAUAACUUGCGAAUGUCGGACGUUACAUAUUAUUGGAAACAGCUCCUGAAAAGUUACAGUAAACUCUUCGAGUAUAAACCAGUAUUAAAGAGUGAUCUCAUAAAAAUCGGUAAAGGACGGUAAAUAUAUAUAUACUCUUUUUGUAAAUAUAAAUGCAUCUGUAAAUAUAUAUAUUUACAGUUACUUCGUAUAACUGAUAUUUCU